AUGGAUUUGCUUUGGAAGAGAACGAGACCCGAAAGCGAGACCCGAAAGCGAGACCCGAAAGCGAGACCCGAAAGCCAGACCCGAAAGCCAGACCCGAAAGCCAGACCCGAAAGCCAGACCCGAAAGCCAGACCCGAAAGCCAGACCCGAAAGCCAGACCCGAAAGCGAGACUCGAAAGCCAGACCCGAAAGCCAGACCCGAAAGCGAGACCCGAAAGCCAGACCCGGAAGCCAGACCCGAAAGCCAGACCCGAAAGCGAGACCCGAAAGCCAGACCCGAAAGCGAGACCCGAAAGCCAGACCCGAAAGCCAGACCCGAAAGCGAGACCCGAAAGCGAGACCCGAAGCCAGACCCGAAACCCAGACCCGAAAGCGAGACCCGAAAACCAGACCCGAAAGCCAGACCCGAAAGCGAGACUCGAAAGCCGGACCCGAAAGCCAGACCCGAAAGCGAGACCCGAAAGCCAGACCCGGAAGCCAGACCCGAAAGCCAGACCCGAAAGCGAGACCCGAAAGCCAGACCCGAAAGCCAGACCCGAAAGCGAGACCCGAAAGCCAGACCCGAAAGCCAGACCCGAAAGCGAGACCCGAAAGCGAGACCCGAAGCCAGACCCGAAACCCAGACCCGAAAGCGAGACCCGAACACCCCGAAAGACUCGCGGGAACUUACCACCUUGUAUCGUUUUGCAUUUAUGCGUCUCGGAUUUCCUGCAAAGUCAAACAAUUAGCUAAGUCAACUCCACAUCCUCAGCAGAGCAAACAGGACGUGACCAGUGACUCCCCCUGCGGAGCGCCGGCCGGCCCUGCACACACGGGGAAGGCUUUUGGUGAGGCCGUGCUGUGUACUGGCGAUCUCCUGCGCCUCAUUUGCAUACCCGGUGGCAGAUCCACUCCCUUAGCAUCACAUCUGACCUUUGACCUCGCCGAUGCUCGUGCGUGUACCUCGCCAGACCUCACACGGAACAUGGGAGAAUCUCGGGUCAAAUUUCGGCCCACCUGGGACGUAUAUCAGAUAAACAGAAGCGGCGUUUCUUCAAGCCUUUUAUUUCCAUUCCUCAACUCCCCCUACCUUCAAACUACCCCCACCACACUCCCCAUGACCAACAGCUCCCCUGCACACUCCACAACACAACCCGCAGGUCAGGUCACAAGAUCUCCGCCGCGAGCGAGGUCACAUUGCAUUAAUGACCUCCAAUCGCUUGUCUCAUCCGUCAUCACCUUGACGCCGGCGUCUUAG